AUGAAGAACAACGCGGCAAGCAGGAGCAGGCGGGGCUCGCCGUCGCCUGCGGCGGCGCCGCCAUCCACAGAACAAUCGAGCUCAAUGCAGAAGCCAAAGUCUUCCUCCUCUUAUGCCACCAUCGGUGGCGGGGGGGGUGUGAAGGGUACCGAUCCAGACGCCGGGGGCGCGUGGCCGGAGGAGCCCGCGGAGAUUCGGACCGGCUUCCCGGCUGUGAUGAAGUACGCCAUCCUCGCCAUGAUCUGCGCCCUGGCGUUCUUCAUCCGCCUCUUCGCGGUGGUGCGCUACGAGUCCGUCAUCCACGAAUUCGACCCGUAUUUCAACUUCCGUACCACCAAGUUCCUGGCCACGGAAGGGUUCCUGGACUUCCUCAACUGGUUCGACGACCGAGGCUGGUACCCCCUCGGGAGAACCAUUGGAGGUACCAUCUACCCGGGUCUGAUGGCCACCGCGGCGUCGUUCUACUGGAUCCUCCACGCGCUCCACAUCACCAUCAACAUCCGUAACGUGUGUGUCUUCCUGGCCCCGCUUUUCGCGGCCAACACGGCGGUUGCCAGCUACCUCCUCACCACCGAGGUGACGAAGCGGUCGUCCACGGGGCUGCUGGCGGCCGCGUUUACGGCGAUCGUGCCCUCGUACAUCUCCCGCAGCGUGGGUGGGUCCUACGACAACGAGGGCGUGGCGAUCUUCGCCCUUAUUUUCGUCUUCUACCUGUGGAUCAAGAGCGUCAACACCGGCUCCAUGAUGUGGGCGUGCCUCACGGCGUUGGCCUACUUCUACAUGGUGGCCGCCUGGGGAGGGUACGUGUUCAUCAUCAACAUCAUCCCCAUCUACGUGGUGGUAAUGGUGGUCGCCGGCCGUUACAGCAGCCGCUUGUACAUCGCCUACUCCACGUUCUACGCCCUCGGCAGCAUCAUGGCAAUGCAGGUUCCCUUCGUGGGUUUCAACGUGGUCAAGCAGGCGGAAUGCAUGGCCUCCCACGGGGUGUUCAUCGGUAUCCAGGGGUACGCCGUGGGGCACUACCUCUUCAGCGUGAUCGACGCCAAGGUUCUGCAGCGCGCCUUCCUUGCCGCGGCGGUGACCCUGGUGUCGGGAGUGGCGGCCGUGCUCGUGGCGGCGCAGCUGCUGGGGCUCGUGCAGUGGACCGGGCGCUCGCUGACUCUGCUCGACCCCACCUACGCCUCAAAAUAG